AUGGAGAAAGGACCUAGAUACAAAGCCUACGCGGAACUCAGAGAAUCGCGGCUAAGGAGGAAGUACAUGAUCCUAGAGGAGCUCGAAGAAUCCGAAUCGAAAUUGACCCCAUUGAAGAAACAAGUCAAAUUUAAGACCCAUCUGACCAAUUCGCGAAAAGGGUAUUCCGUUCUCGCUCAAUCGGUGCCCAAUUUCUCAGCCGUGUUACGAAAAGAGAACCGCAAGCCGCCGUCAAGGUUUCCGUUGAUGCAGGAGAUGACCAUGCCGACAAAGAGUCUGGCGAAAGCAGCGUACGGGAUAUUGUCGAAUUCGAUAGGGAGUAAGUCGGUGAGCGCGGGGGAGGAGAGGUACAACAAUAGCGGAGGGAUCACGGCGAGGAAGAGCUACGCGAGUAUGGAGGAGUUGAAGGGUUUGUCGUCAAUGUCAAUGGUGGAAGGGAAUGCCAAUGGCAAUGGCAGAGCAAUACCAAAGACUCAUUUGGGAUACAGACAGUUCUGA